AUGUUUCUUUUCCUCUGUUUACGAGUUUUAAUUUAUUUACCUUGCCAUCAACUUAAAAACGAGAUUGUUACUAUGGCCUCCCGAACAAAGUCUGUAGCCGACUUCACUGGACGCUUAGUAAAUGGAGGUUUACGAUAUCGACCUCUAGAUGAUCUGAAGGCUAUAUUCAAAACAAGAGUACAAGAAGGCUCUCGUAAACUAGAUAAAAACCCUGCUGACUGUUCAAAAACAUGGGCUUCAAAUUUAAAGAAACACCCCUGUUACCUACAGCUGCCUCCUAUGUCUUUACCAGCUCAACUCGAUGCAGUGGCUAUUGACUACCUUCGAGAGCAUUCCGUUUCUCCUCCAAAGGCAAUUGAAGAUCGUUCCAAAAUUCUUGCUGAUUAUCUUUGGUCACGGCCUCUUUUGUCAGAGGAAACGAUUGUACAGAAAUCACUCAACAUGAAAAAGUCGAAAGACGUGGAUGAAGAAGAUGAGGAUGAUGGUCUGACUUUCGCUCUAGAGAACUUUGCUGAUCAGCGUGAGGCUCGAAUUUCCAGGGAGCUAAGUUUGAAAUCCUGGAAAUCUCUAAGCUAUUCUGGACAUACUUGUGAACUUUAUUUGGUCUCGCGUUUGGCUCCCAACUUUGCGUCAGCUUGUCGAGUCCUGUAUGAGAUUCGUAAACGAUGUCCUAAUUUUAUUCCAAGGUCACUGUUUGACUUUGGCUCUGGUCUAGGCACAGUUACUUGGGCUACAAAUACUGUCUGGCCGGUAGGCUGCGUACGUGAACACUAUUUGGUAGAACCAUCCUUACACAUGACCCGACUCUCUGAGUUCAUGUUCCGUAAGCAGGGAACUGUCCAACCUUCCGAAAAUAUCUUCCCUGGAGUUUAUCAUCGCCGCUUCAUGCCUGGUAGAAAAAAUCAGUAUAAUUUAGUGGUCAGCGCUAAUACAUUGAUUGAACUACCGUGUGCAUCUGCUCGUCACCGUGCUGUUUCGUCUCUGUGGGAGAAAACAACAGAUUUUCUGGUCUUAAUUGAACAAGGCACAAAGUCUGGUUUUAAAGCAAUAAAUGAAGCAAGAGAAUACUUGGUCAGUUAAUUUCUUCAGUUGAAUUAGUUCAUUUCACUGGGAACUUUCAUGCAUUUAAACAGUAGCGAGUGUUUUAAUGUUAUAUGUUUUAGGAGCGUAUACGGGAGACUUCUGUUAUACUGUUUCUUUUAUUCUACUAGUGAAAUAAGUACUGAAUACAUCAGCAGGCGUGGUGGUGAAAGCUUGGAGAUAAUCGAACAGUUUCACUUCACUCUGCACAUGAUUAAUUUACC